AUGGAGCGGCUGCUUCUGUGCGUGCUGCUGUGUGCAGCUCUGUCGAAGGGUUCCAGCUGCCCCGGCCGCUGCACCUGCCAGCACCUCUCCCCCACCCUGACUCUGCUCUGUGCUAAGACCGGCCUGCUGUUCGUGCCGCCCACCAUCGACCGCAGGACCGUCGAGCUGCGGCUCACCGACAACUUCAUCACAGUCAUCCGCAGGAAAGACUUCUUCAACAUGACUAGUUUGGUCCACCUCACCCUGUCCCGCAACACCAUCAGCCAGAUCUCCCCCCACGCCUUCCUGGGCCUGCGGUCCCUGCGGGCGCUCCACAUGGAUGGGAACCGCCUCAGUGCGAUAAAGAGCGACCACUUCAAGGGCCUCAUCAACCUGAGGCACCUCAUCCUCGGAAACAACCAGAUCCACCAAGUGGCCCCCACCUCCUUUGACGAGUUUGUCGUGACCGUGGAGGACUUGGAUCUUUCCAACAACAACCUGCGCACCCUUCCCUGGGAAGCCGUGGCCAGGAUGACCAACAUUAACACGCUCACACUGGACCACAACCUGAUUGAUCACAUCGGAGCGGGGACUUUCACCCUGCUCACCAAGCUGGUGCGCCUGGACAUGACCUCAAACAGGCUGCAGAAGCUGCCGCCAGACAGCUUGUUCCAGCACGCGCAGGUGCUGUCCGACGCCAAGAGCCCCAGCUCGUCCGCCCUGGCUGUGAGCUUCGGUGGGAACCCUCUCCACUGCAACUGUGAACUGCUGUGGCUCCGCAGGCUGACCAGAGAGGACGAUCUGGAGACCUGCGCCUCGCCGGAUCACCUCAUGGACAAAUACUUCUGGUCCAUCCAAGAGGAGGAGUUUAUCUGCGAGCCCCCGCUGAUCACCAAACACCUCACCACCAAGCCCUACGUGAUGGAGGGCCAGGGGGUGACGCUGAAAUGUAAAGCCGUGGGGGAUCCCGACCCAGAUAUUCACUGGCGGUCACCAGACGGCAAGCUGGUGCAUAAUAACUCCCGUACCAUCCUGUAUGAUAACGGCACCCUUGAUAUUCUCAUCACCACGCUGAAGGACAGUGGUGCAUUUAACUGCGUGGCGUCCAAUGCCGCGGGCAUCGCCACAGCUGCCGUUGAGAUCAACAUGAUCCCCUUACCCUUGUUUGUGAACAACACGGGCCACAUGCGCGAGGACCCCGGCCUCUCGGACAUCACCACCUCCUCCAAGUCUGGCAACGACACCAAGGGCUACGACAAGCAGGACAGGAGGGUGAUGGUCGCCGAGCUGACCUCCUCCUCCGCUAUCAUCCGCUGGCCGUCUGAGCGCCACAUCCCCGGCAUCAGGAUGUACCAGAUUCAGUACAACAGCUCGGCAGAUGACACUUUGGUGUACAGAAUGAUCCCAUCCACCAGCAAGAACUUCUUAAUCAACGAUCUGGCCGCUGGACGGGAGUAUGACCUUUGUGUGCUGGCGGUUUAUGACGACGGCAUCACAUCAUUAACAGCCACACGUGUGGUUGGCUGCGUGCAGUUCCACACAGCCAGUGAGGUCAGCCAGUGCCGCUUCAUGCACAGCCAGUUCCUGGGAGGCACCAUGAUCAUCAUUAUCGGUGGUAUAAUUGUUGCUUCAGUGCUGGUGUUCAUCAUCAUCCUGAUGAUCCGUUACAAGGCCUACAGCAGCCCGGAGGACAGCAAGACCAAGGUCAGCUCCAGCAUGCACUCCCAGACCAAUGGCAGCCAGCAGCGGCUCCCGCGCUCCGUCUCCAAGCAGCCGUCGGAUGAGGGCCAGCGUGAGGCCCUGGUGCACAAGGAGUGCAUGGCGCUGGUGCUGAGGGUGGACAACGACAAGAAGGAGGAUCCAGCCGCCACUACUGCCAUCCUGGAGGUGGAGCUGCCUCCAAUGACUGUAGACAAGCUGAAGAGAAGAACCAGCCUGGACGCUCAGUGCUCUGGUCCCCCGUCUGAGGACACGCAGACAGACAGUAGCCUGACAGGCUCCACCAUGUCCCUGUGUCUCAUUGGUCCCAGCGCCGGCACCAAGGAGGCUCCCAGGCUCAAGGACAAGAAAAGUGCCCUGGCUAACAUGGGUUUGCUUCCCAACGAGCUGGCACGAACUAGGCAUAGGUUCUCUUUUGACGGUGGGGAUUACUCCAUAUUUCAGAGUCAUAGUUACCCGCGCAGAGCGAGGACGAGGUGGCACAAGUCCACCAACCAGCUCGACAUGGAGUCGUCUCCGCUCGCCAACCGGAGAGUCACGUUCAGCAGCACUGAGUGGAUGCUGGAGAGCACAGUCUGA